AAACUUCCGGGUUUAUUCGAAUAUGGGUAGGUAAAGAAAAUAAUACGAAAAGUAAAUAUCCGUGUAAAUAUAUAGCACCGGUGUCCUUGUUGUACAGGAAAAGAUUAUUAAACAGAGCAGCCUUUGUUUAUACUAUUUCAACUGUAAAAUUGGAAUUUAUUUCAGCUUUAUAUCGCGAUACCGUGGAGAAAUGAGAAUACUGUUCCUAGCUUGCCUCAGUCCCAAAACUGGGAACUGUACUACUGCCGAAAGGAUAAGGGACCAUAUCGAGAGCGCAGGUCAUGUGUGUGUGCUCCGGGACACCAGAGAGUUCAGCUCGGCUUCUGAGAUAACGCUGCUGAUGAGUCAAGAUCAAGAACCGUUUGACGCAGCGCUGGCGAUCCAUCUGUUUAAAGGAGGAAGACUCCUCUUAGAUGUCGGCGUGCCUUUCGGAGUGGUCUUCGGAGGGACGGACAUCAACGAGGACGUGAAGGACGAACACAAGCGGAGUGUCAUGGAGGAAGUUCUGCACAGAGCCAGGUUUGCAGUAGCAUUCACAGAGGAGAUGAAGCAGAAAGCUGAGACUUAUUUGGACUGCGACAUCGCUGAGGUCCACGUUCAGGCUCAGGGAAUCGAGACGAGACCGAGCUCCGACUUCAGCUGGACCGAUUUCUUACACACUUCAG